AAGUGAAGGGCCACCUUAGAAAAAAAAAAAAAAAGUUAGGCGUUGCACAGAUUCAAUUUGCCUUUUCAACCUCCCUUUCACCCCUUUUAUAACAAUAAGAAACCUUCAGCAAAAGGUCUCCCUUAAGCAAUUCGACUCUGCUUUAUGACGAAUGCUGAAAACGGCGGGUACUAUCGCUGUCACUCGUCCACCAAUGUGGUUUCCAUUACCACAUGGCGCCAAUGACCUACUUGUCAUUGAAGACCAUCUACUGUUGAAGUGGGUGAAUCAGCAAGUUGGACCAUCAUACGCCUCAGAUUCAACUGAAUUACGGACAGUACUCUCUCAGGAAUCCGUUUUGCCACAAUUACUGUCACAAGUCAUCCCACCAGAACACCAUCAUUCAACCUUCACGGCAUACGAGCAAGCUAGAGCAUGGCUCAAGGACGAUAUGCCAACCCUAGAUGAUACCAUAGAUGAUGCCAGCUCUGAGGAGGUUUCCAAAUUUGUGCUUGCGCUUUAUUUGAAGCACUUGUCUGUUAGCGUCGAACGCGCUCUUGCACAAUCUAAUGUUUGGCUUUCGAUGGACCAAUCGGUACUCAGUGAUAUCUCGUUUCUGAAAUUGCGACAAUUGCUCAGCUCAUGGUACCAAGUUAUCGCGCUGGAGUACCUUCCAGUAUUUCCAUGGGUAGCGGAUGAUGAUCAUUUUUUAACUUCAUGGAAAACCGGAGCUGCGGUGUUGUUGAUACUGCACUAUUCUAAUCCAGAUUGUGUAGAUCUGCAUCGUGUGAAAGACGCUUACGUCGCAGAAGGUUUGGCCGAAACCACCAACCAUGUCAAUUUUGCAUUGGAUACCGCCUUUAGCGAAUUUGGCGUAGAGAAGCUUCUCUCUGCACAAGAUAUAAUAGGAACAAAAUCAUCAGAUGAACUUCCGUGCAUUAUAUACCUUUGCAACUUUUGCAUUGCAACCAUACCACAUGCCGAUGAUUUCCGAGAGACAAGACAAAAGCGAAUAUAUGACGAACGUCGUCAAUCUCGACCGCCAUUCUCAGGUGAUACGGAUGAUUUGCGCCGACUCACCGACAUGACAAUUGAAUUGGAUCUGGAUGGAAACAAAGCCACUUCCGCUUGCGAACAAAAGAUGACCAUGGAUGAACUGGAGGAUACCGUGUUCAAUAUAAAACAUAUGGUAUCCAUGUUGAGGGUCAAGCUCGAUGAUUGUGUACCACGGCGAUCCAUUGCAUUUCGACGAGAUGAUGUUUCUUUGAAUCUAUCGAAGGAUCGAUCUGCAACUCCUUCCACCUUUUCUGAAGCAAGUUUGGCCAGUGCUUCGGUGGAAGACGAUGAUGUUGCCUCGCUACAUUCUGCUCGCACCGUACACCCUUUGCAAGCUGUUGACGAUGACAACCUUAGUUACGAAAUGACGUUGGAGAACACCAUUGAAGCCGCUCAACGAUAUAGGAGUCACGAUAUGCAGCAUUUUUAUUCGGCCGCUCAAGAAUUGCAACGCGAGUUCCCUGAAUACGAGAAGCGGAUUCAAGUUAUGUCGGAGAGUAUCAAGGAACUGGAGCAAUCGUUAGCUCACGAUAUGAUUGAAGCUAAGAACGCAUUCCAAUUAUUCGAAAGAGGUUAUCGAUUCUCCAAGCAAGCUAGGUCUGUGCGAUCUGAACUCGAUUUUAUCCAAGCCAAAAUGGUCAAAACCACUACUACCAACACUGGCAUCACCGAGUUAGAGGAUCGAGGAAAACAUGCUUUCGAAGCUAUUACCAACUUGCAAACUGGUUACGGUGACCUCUUGGCUUCAGAGUUUCCAGAUCAAUCUUAUCGAAAUAAUUUGGACGCCAUUGUACAGAAAUAUGAACUCGUGCAGGCAUGGGUUGAGGAAGUCCGAAUUUGGUUCGCAGAAGCUGAACGCAUUAGGGUAUGGAUCGAGUCUCGUAUUGCUAUACUGGAAGAGAAGAAGAUCACCGACCCAUUACAAGAAGAUGUACAACUGACGCAAACUGAAGUGGAGACUUUGAACUGCGAGCACGAAGCACUAGAGCAGGAUAUAGAGCUCUUCAAUAAGGAAGACAUGACUCGACUUAGGGCACAUGUGAAAGCAUUGACUGGAUCUGACCGUGGCGAUAAAGAUCUUAGUCCAGCUGAUACCACUACGAUUGAAAUUACACUUACUACCCUUAUGACAUUGGAUCGAUUGAUGCACUUACUACGACAGAAGACUUACACCUUACAAAUUCUUACGUUGCGCGUUCUAUGGGAAGAUGAAUUUGCGAUAGCCACCACGUGGGUCAACGAUGGGGAUGAAGAGAUCACUUGUUUCUUGCGAGGUGAAGCACGAUGGAGACGACAUGUUGACUUCUUGGAAGAUGGAUCAUCGGAGCACACGUUACGAAAGUCUCAAAUGGAUUUGCGAACCGCUGUUAUCAAUCAACUGUUAGCUCUUGAACAUGGCAUUGCAGACUUCGACCAAGGCCAGUUUACCGCGACUCUCAACAUUUUUCAAGAUUUGGAAGACGCACAUGGCGCUGACUUACCUCCACACCUCGAAGCUCGGCAAACAGGACUCGAAUCUGCCUUUGAAGUGCUGACUGGACGAGUAUCUUUUUCAAGAAAAGUAGUCGAACAGCGACUCACCAUGAUGGAAUAUGUGCAGCAACUUACCUUUGUUAAGAACGAAGGUACAAAAUUGUUACAAGAUGUCGAUCAUUUGUGUGCGCAUGCUGCGCCAAAUAUGGAUGUUACAGAAAUCAACCAGAGGUUUGAAGUGUUCCAGAGUAAUUUGGCUCACCUCGCUGGCCCUGUUACCACCCGUAUUACUUAUCCACACCACAAUACUGCCAUUGAUGAAGUUGACAAUGCCGAUUCCAAUCUUACCAUUCAAGAAUUUUUGGAGUCCAGUAAUUCAGAUCUCGACAGCAUGGCUGUAUCGAUCCUCGCUAAGCUCAACCAACUUCGAAAGCUGAUUGAGGAAAACAAUGAAGCCAAUGACAUUUUACUCAAUCUCGAUGCAUUAAAAAAGAAUGUAUGUGGGCUCAUGGAGGACGCGGAGAGGAGUGCUGUCGACAUCAGUGCUAUGAGUGUUAAGCACACGGAAGCAGAUGUGAUUCGAUUGAAAAUUACAUACAAGGAAGCUCUGGUACAUUCCAAAUCCAUCAAGGAUACUGACUACGAAGCCUUACAAUUGCGUCUUCAUACCUUGUCGAAUGUGGCUGACAAAGAUGUAUGCUCCAUUGACUUUCCACAAUUAUUCAACAAGCUAUCUCAUUUGGAAUCCAAGCUGGAUGACUACACAGCAUUCCUCACUCGGCAAUCUCUUCUCCUUGGUGCCUUUGAACAUCGCCUGAAAUGGGAAUUCUUCUAUGGUCAAACAUGCGAUCAAAUAAUUGAUACAAAUGCUAGAUUAUAUGAUGAAACAAAGAUAAUGCGCUGGCGACCUGUGGAAAUGCUUGCAUUGAUGGCGGAACUAACCAAAAGCCCCAACAGCGCUUCAACAACUGGACUACAGGACUCUCAUGAAGACCUGGAGAUGACUUUGGGUGAUCUAAAGGAAAACUCAUUGACCAUGACAACUGGAUUGUUCUCUACGUUCCUGGCCUCGUACUCGCAAGUCCACAAGGAGAUAAACUCUCAAGAAAACCGAGCAUUUGUAGAUCACAUUCAACAUCUACACGACAAAAUGCAUCUCAUGUUUGACGAGCUAAAGACUAUCUACGAAUUCAACGGUGACUUGCUCAACCAACGUGGGAUAAUAUGUGAUCUGCUGGACGAUGUUGCAAGACUUGAAAACGAUGGUAAAACUUGGCUUGAGCAAAUGCAGCAAAUGACAGCCAGCUCAUCACAGCAGAAGAUCAAGGUUGACUUCACAGUUCAGAUAGACCAAUUUGUUAAAGGCAUCAGUGCACUCUUUCCCUCACGUAUUACCGAAAUUCCCUUGCUUCGGCAACCCAGUGUACAGCAUCUACCUUGCCUUUCAAAUGAAGACGAUGAUGCUCUUGACCAGGCCGUUCGACUUUUGUUAGUUCGACGUGAAAAAGAUCUCCUGAUGAUGGCUGAAGACCUAAAGAAUUCGCAAGAGAGAUAUAGAAUGACACUAGACUUUAAGGCCAAGGUGUUGGAAUAUGAACAAUGCGCUGCUGAUUUGUGCACGUGGAUGCUGCAACAAAGCCAAGAUUUGGUAAAUCAAAAGCUGCAGCUAAAAUCCGUCGCUGCUCCAUUGGAUCAAGCCAAGCUGGAUUCUGUCAUUCAGGCUCAAAGCCAACGAAGCCGCGAGAUUAAUGAUAUUGCUCGGCAGAAGCUAGAUGAUCUAGGUUCGAAUAUCACGGUACUGGACGACGCCCUAGUGAAAAAAGGGGCUUCAGACGUUGAUAUUUCACCGGCAACCAGUGCUUAUGAUCUAGCAGUAGCAGAUAUGGCCAUCUUGAUUCACGUUAUGGAAGGCCAUGGGCGAGACAUUGAUGCUCGCAAGCAACAUUUACUUUUGCACCAACUGUUGUUAGACAGCCAACAACAGGCUGCGGCAUACUCGGCGCAAAUCAAUCAACUAUCUGACGAGCUGGACCACCUGAUAGACAAUGAAUUGACCAGCGAUAUCCAACAGUCUGAAGUCAUGGAUAUAAUGUCGCGAUGCAGUAAUGUUGAUGAUGAAUUGAUGGAGUUUGACGCUCGUAUUGGAACGGAAAUUCGAGUAGCUCAAGCCGAUUUGGAACGGCUUUGUUCACAGUUACUGGAACCUGAAGGUCCCCCUAUGGAUCUCACCCGACGAAUUUCGGAAUUCGAUGAUGGCUAUAUCAAACUUCGUGAAAGCACUGGUCUUCUUCGUGCCCGAAUCGAUCGCCUGAACGAAUGUCUGAAUUGUCUCAAUGCAGUAGCCGAUAAUGUACGUUGGUACCAAACGCAGGAGGACGAGAUUCGAAGGUUUGUCGAUACCAAGGCCCGAUGGAAUGUAGAUAUUGAUCCAGCUGAGGUUGAUAUCCAAAAGCUCGGUGAAGAAAUUGACAAUCUUAAAAUCAACCUUGAAAUCUGCGAGAGUCAAAACAUCGAACCCUGUGUAGCAACGUUGCGAGAAAUCAAAGGAUCAUUCAGUGAUUUGAACUCGGUCAACAUGAUCAAACGAUUAGAUUCUGCACAGGAUGCAUUAGAAAUUGGCCUUCAGAGAGUGCAUGACCAUACCUCAUUUGCACACACCAUCAUAGCGCAAAAUAGAUCAGCGUCCUGGUACCUUGUUAAGAUUGCCGGUAUGCAACAACAAGCAGAAGCAAUCAAAAAGGACCUACUCUGCCAUUCCACAGACAGUGCUAGCCGCCUGGACGAAAUGAGUGUCUUAGAGGCUCAAAUGCUGGCCACUCAGCAAGAAUCCAACAUGCGCAUCAGCUAUCCCGUUCGAUCAUUCAAUGGGUAUACAGAACAAGAUGCUCAAUCAGAUAAUGCUGUCAACAGUGUCUUGCAAGACACGGUUAAGGCUAAGAACGUUCAAUUGCAGCAGACACUAGCCACCAUCAAAUCCAUUGUACAAGCGAACGAAAUAAUGUCCCAGCGGAUGGAAGCAGUUCAACACUACAACGAUCAAGCUAAUACCUUCUUGAACUGGCUACAGUCUAAAUGCAAUGCCUUGUACCAAAUUUACCGAGAACCCUGCGAUGUUUCCAAGUUGACCUUGGAGGACAAGAUGAUCUGUCUUGCACAGAUACAGGCUCUUGAUUCAGCAUUUAAAGCCCACCAGCCGACUUACCAUGAUCUCAAAACGACAGUUGUGGAAACCAUUGUAUAUCUAUCAUCACACGAUCCUGGUGAAACUUCAUCCGUGAAUAGCAUAGAGCUCAUCAAGUCGGUUAAAGAUAGCCAAUCUCACAUUGAUGGAAAGUUCGACGAAUUCUCGACUGCUUGUGGCAAGGCCAUCGUGGUGUUAGAAGCUGAUAUAGAAGUACAUCAACUUGAAAAAUCACUGUCGUCAUUAGUGAAUACAUGCGACAAUCUGAGGACGGAAAUGAACAAUGCCAACGGAGAUGAUGUCAAUGACCAAACUAUCUCGGAAUGGGCUGAAAAAAUGGAGACGUUUGGUUUGCAGCCAAUCGCCAUGUUACGAGAGCAAUAUGCACAUAUAAAGGCACAGCGUGAGGGACUAUCAUUGCCACCUGCGGACCAGAAUCAAGUGCUCCUUGAUCGAGCUGAACAACUGGCAGAGCAGAUGAAGCACAAUCUUCAACAACAUGCCCAACAUCUGAAAACAAGAGACAUUCUUGAUUUGUACCUGAACGAUGGAUCUGACAUCCUAAAGGAUCUACAUGAAAAAACUUCAACACUAUUCAAGUUUAACGCCACCUCUGGAUAUCUGACCAAAAAUUCCAAAGUGGAUGCUGAGCAACAGCAAACCAUUCUGACCAUGAUCAAGCAUAUGGAGGCCGAAGUAGGCAUGCUGGAGGACAAGUACCAACGUUACUGUGAACAAGUUCCAUCAGAACUUGCGUCUCAUGAUCAGGUGGCGAUUCAAAAAUCAGACAUUGAAAGCGCUAUCCAAAAUCUUCAAACCGAUUUGUUAAAAACAACUAAUAUCUCAACACGCUAUGCAGCAGCACUCUCUCAUCAGGAGGUCUUCCUCAAAAUCAAGUCUGAAAUGCUUCCUCAAAUUGAUACACUGCUUCAAACCUUGUCCGCCGAUGAUACAUCCAGUGCAGAGGAACUCACACAAACGAUGGAUGCUAUGAAAGUCAUGCUCCAACGUCUGGAAAACGAGCAACGCCAUGAUAGUGAAGAUCAAUUUGAGGAUGUGAACCAUGAAUGUAUGCAGACGCAGUAUGCUGAAGUACAGUCUGCAUUUGAACAAGCUUCCUCUAGUUUACUAGAGAUCAGGGCAAAACGAGAACAGGCAUCACCCUUGAAGGCUUUUUCAGCGGCAUGUUCAACCUUACAAGAUUUGUGCAAAGAGCAAGCCAACCUUGUGCUCAUCACAAUGGAAUCCACCUCUAAAUCUCAAUUUUACGCCAAAGACUCUACGUUUAUAGAACGGUUACUGCGACAAAGCAUCAAUGGCCACAACAGUGCUGAGACAGAGUACAAGAGGCUAGGGUCACAACUUGAUUACCAGAAGGUGGAAUUGGAGCGCAUUGAAGGGGGUUCUGAACAAGCGAUAGCAUUGGAUGAAGCUUGUCGAGCCUUGGAUCGACUAAGGACGAUGUUAGAUCGUGAACAGCUUCAACUGGACUUUUUAAGAAAAGCAUUUGCCUUCACCAAAGCAUGCAACGAAAUCAACGCAUGGAUGGAAGGCUGUAAACGGGCUCUGCAUAAUGUGAAUACAGCCACUCUUGAUGACCAACGCUCCCAAUUGGAUGACAUGCAUGCUAAAGUCAAUUCAUUCGAAGCAACGAUUAAGGCAUUUAACACCAUGGUGCCAACUCUCAUCAAAGACAAGAAUGACCAAGUGAUUGAUUUCAACGCCAUUUGUGUCAAGGACGACGAUGUUUUAGCUGCUAUUGACAUGCGGUCAGGUCGAGUCCUCACUGAAUGGGAUGCGCUUAAAAAGCAAUUUGUGUCUAUACAAUGCCAUGCCGAAAGCAACCUACAAGCCAUGACCAUUGCCCGAAAAAGCAAAGAAAUCUUUGACCUGGUUGAUAAAAUCAAACAUCACCUCUCAUCCCUCUCGGUUGUUCAAUCACGAACCCCCGUUCCUGUCAAUAUGCAGGAGCUCCCGUUGUCUCAACUGAUAUCGGAGCGCGAUGUGAUUGUGGUAGAAGCUCAGAUGACGAAUUUGGAGAAGGAAGUAGAAUAUCAUUUGAACAAAAAGAUCAAUGACUUGGAUAUGAUUUUGGCGUCCUUUCCUCAUUUACAAGAUGAUGGUGGUGAGUUUGUCCAACAACGAGCGGAGAUUGCCAAGGUGGUGACAGAACUUGCCAACCACAUGGAAGAAAAACAUCAAGAGAUUGGAGCAGCAUUAAAACUUGCCGGAUUUGUCAAUGUGGUGGAUGAAUUGGAGGUUUUGUUAACAGCCGUGCAAGAUGCCCUUACUCCCUGUACAAACCAGCCAAAGACGGGUCGUAUGCCCAGUAAAGCCGAUAUUCAAGCAUUGUUGAUUGAAUUGGACACACGUUUCAAAUACUAUGGACCACGCAUUCGAGAAAAAUUAGAUGAAACGAAACACUUGGCGUCUGUGUUUGUCGAUGAUACAAGGAUCGUACAAAAAUACCAUCAAGUAGAAAAGCAAUGGAACCAACUCCAUGUUCAAGUGGCUCAAGUCAAAGCUGAGUUGAAUGGUAAAAUCAGUGAUAUGCGUCAAGCGACGCCUACUCCAAGUACCCAUUUGGAUCGGCAACCACGACCUCAUUCAGUGGCCGGCGUACGUACACGCAAGAUCUCUGAACAAAAAGUAGGACGGGCUAUGACGCCCACGCCUAGAUCAAGUCAUUCCAGUCUAACUUCACGUAAAAUGGAACCCGUGUCGGCCACCCAAGUACCUCGUAUGCGACGAUCCACUCUCACGCCGGUACCGUCCAGAAGCAAAAGUGGAAAGGGCACAUCUGUUCCUCCACGCUAUAUACCUGAUCCGCGAAGUGACCUGGAUGUUCAACUUGGUAAAGUGGUGAAUGAGUCACCUUAUAAAAUUCGCAUCAAGAUGGUACCUGGCGAAGUGGGCAAAUACUGGUUUGGCGAAGUUGAACCUCGGCUUGUUUAUUGUCGAAUCCUACGUAGCAACAUGGUGAUGGUUCGAGUUGGCGGUGGAUGGACGGAACUUUCUCAAUUUUUACGAGACCAUGCUCUUCUGGAAGGACGGUUGAUUCCUAAUCGGCGUGAAGAAAAAAAGCAACCGGAUGUACGUGAUGCAUACCUUCGUACCACGCGACCGAAAGAAAACGCCAGUAUGUCUGAGGAAGUCCCGGGCCAUGAAUCAUCCGAUCCAGUGAAAAUGUCCCGCUCAACGCCCAGUCGCGGAAUAACGGGGGUUAAGGAGGGGAAUCGAUUUCUGAUGACGGUCGAUGGUGAAGGAAACCAACUGGAAAUUUCCAUGAAGAAAGCAACGGACCACGAACCAAGACUCGUCUCUACGCCACGCCGAUCUCAUCAGCAGUAGAAUGAAUGUUUGGAGGUACACGCGCAAUUUCGGAGAUAUGUCCAUGGCAAAUGCUCUCUCGCGGGGACCGAAAAUAAGUCACCAUGAGAAGGUCCAUGUGUCGAUCUAUGCGACCUUUGUUACACACACCCAACCCACAAUUUCUUCUCAAAACUCUAACCU